UCUACUGCUACUGGUGAAGUUAUCAUUACUACUGAUUCAGAUGGUGAAUUAUACACUACAACUGAUAUCUUCGGUGACUGUCCAGAAUGUACUGAUUACACCACUACUUUUGUUACUACAUUACCAGAUGGUACUGUUUCAACUGCUACUGGUGAAGUCAUUAUUACUACUGAUUCAGAUGGUGAAUUAUACACUACUACUGAUAUCUUCGGUGACUGCCCUGUUUGCACAGAUUACACUACAGGAUACACCACCACUGAUAAGGAAGGUCACGUUUCCACAGGUUCUUGUGAAGUUAUUGUAACAACUGAUAAAGAAGGUGACGUUGUAACUCAUACCGUAGCUUUAGAAGUCACUGCAUCAACUGUUUGUGCCAAGGGUACUUGUGUUGCUGUGACUGUAACUGACCACAUUGACGUUACUGAAACUGUUGAAUGUCAUGUUUGUACCCACUAUGCUACUUCAGUGGUGACUACUGAUGAACAUGGUGUGACUGUUACUAUCCCAUGUGACGUAAGUGUUGGUACUAAUUCUGUUGGCGAAGCCACUACUACGACUAUUAUGGAUACUACAGGAAAAGAAGCUCCUACUUUUGCUGCUUCCAACACAAUUGCCCCAGUCAGUAUUUCUGAAAGUACUACAGUGGCUGCUCCUUCAGUUACUGCUUCAGUACCGGAAGGUUUAGGUGGCAGAGUUGAACCAACUUUUGCCUUUGCUAUUGCAGGAAUGAUUUCAUUAUUCCUCUUGUAA